GAACUGGACCCGAGUCCCACACGCUUCUCGCUUCCUCACACUCUCUGGCACAUAGCUCCGGCGAAGUGCGGGCGAUGGCCGUGGCAGUGAACGAUGGGGCAGCGGGAACAAAGUGGCUGAAGCACUACUCCUCGGCGCAGGGCAUCCUGAUCGUCGGCGACGGGGACUUCUCCUUCUCGCUGGCGCUCGCCACCGCCUUCGGCUCCGGCGCGAACCUCGUCGCCACGUCCCUCGACUCCUACGCGGACCUGAACAUCAAGUACAGCGACGGGACAUCCAAUGUGACGAAGCUUGAGGCGAUGGGCGCCACGGUGCUGCACGGCGUCGACGUGAAAGAUAUGAAUCUCCACGCCAAUCUGCAGCUGAGAUUGUUGGACCGGAUCGUCUUCAACUUCCCUCACGCCGGGUUCAAUGGACGCGAGGACAAAGUGGAUGUGAUCAAGUCGCACCAGGAGCUGGUGAGGAGCUUCUUCGCCACCGCGCGGCGCAUGCUCUGGCGUCACGGCGAGAUCCACGUCACCCACAAGACCAAGCACCCCUACUCGACGUGGGGUAUCGAGCAGCUAGCAUCCGAGUCCUCGCUCGCUAUGGUCGAGCAAGCUGCCUUUCAGAUACAAGACUACCCAGGUUAUAACCAGAAGAGAGGGUCGAGCUGGAGGUGUGACCAAGAUUUCGCUAUAGGUGAUUGCUCCACCUUCAAGUUCUGCGUGGAAUGAUCAAUGAUGGGCAUCGGACGAUGAUUUCUUUUCUCAGCCAAGCCUGUGAGCCUUGGACUUCGGCGCGGUUUCAUUUGUCCUCGAUCGUUGGAGGCUGUCGAUCUCGCCGUAAUGAUCCAGUAUUGGAACUGUCCUGUAUGCUGUCUAAUGGCACUUGUCAGUGAACCAAGCAAUGCUGAUGAAAAAUGCUUUCUCUUCCAUUUCUUCUCCAUCCGUGGCAAAAAUAUAAGACGUUUUUUAUGCCCUAUGCAAAACCAAGAAAAACAUCUACAUUUUGGUA